UUCCAGUUGGUUAUGCCAUUUCCUUCUUUGGGAAGUGUUUCCCUGGAAAGAGCAAACCCCCUUCGACCUGGGCUCGCAUACCCCUGGAUGGCAUUAGCAAACCUACAAUGGCAGACCACUCCACCCAGUGGACCCAUAAAAGCCCUCACACAAUGGCGACAUUAACAACAAAAGGACAAGCCAACAAACCGAAAGCCAAAUGGGUUAAGAGGCUGCAAAUGAAGAGCCAGGAGCCGAUUCUAAGAACAAACUAAAUCGCAGACGAUUUUCCAAUCAAAGUAUUUGGCAACUGAGUGUCAAAAUACCAGAAAUUGUUGAAACUAUGAGAAGGAACCGGACACCAGGGAAUAAACGUGAAGAAGAAUUGCCGCCAGCCAGCUCGGACUCCGAGGAGGAGGAUGAGGAAGCCCUGCAGGCGGCCCUGAGGGAUAUAGUCAGUAUCCCCGACGUCGAUGCGGGGGAUUUCAAAAAUGAAAGGCGUGUAGAAACGGAAAGAACUUGGUCGGAGGAGCUUAAGCAGGGUCGCAAGAAAGAGCGCCAGAAGCCAGCACAAAGGCAAGAAAAAAAGGAAAAGAAGCCGCAACAUGGCCCGGAGAUGGGAGAAACCUCCGACAAAACGAUGGAGGGUCGAGAUCUGCCAAAGACCUGGUCGGCGGAGUUUAAAGAAUCGAUGAAAUCCUGGUAUGCGGACCUCAGGGAAUCCCAGAAACCAAAAAGGUCCCAUUCGCAAACCAGGAAAAGAUCCCGCCACAGCUCGGAGGUGGAGAUGGAGGAAACAGCAGUCCUAAGAGGGAAGAGUCCAGAACGAGAGUCCAAAAAGAAAGAGAGUACUAAAAAGCCCCCGACGAAGGAGCUGGAAGCGGAGAGAACUUCAGCGAAGAAAGUAAAACCAAAGAUGGUGUCCUUUGUGGAACCGGACUCCUUGAUAAAGCUCGAAACGGAAAGCGAUGGCUUAGACGAACCCAUAGACGAAGAACCAGAGCCAUCAACUAGCAUGGGGCCAAGUCCCUAUGCCAGACCUCAAAGCCACGACUCUGUGGAGGCCAAUCCCCUGGCUGUGCCGUCGAUAGAGUCGGGCAUGGGCUUGAUCAACCUCCUGGCGGUACCUUUCCAGAGGCCCCUAGGCUACGGCUCUCCCAUUUCUGCGUCUAAAGUUGUGGAUAAAGCUGGAGCGGGGGAAGAGAAGGCCCCAGCGAGUCCAGAGAUCCCUUCAGUGGGUCCACGCAAUGUUACGCCCAAGGCCAAACCUGCCAGCGAUGCAGAGGAGGAGCGGGACGGCAAAGAGUCCCAGGUGGAGAGCAAGACUUCUCUGGCGCAUGCAGAGUCCAUGAAGACAUUGACCAUCACCGGCCACAGGCACAUCACGACGCAGUGGAGGGAUCAUUGCCACCUGGAGGUGCAGCCCGAGGGCAUCGAUAAGCCUGCCCGAAGGAAACUGAUCGUUGCCUGUGUGCUCUGCCUGUCCUUCAUGAUCCUUGAGGUGAUCGGCGGCGUGCUGUCCAACAGCCUGGCCAUAGCCACGGACGCCGCCCACCUGCUGACGGACCUGGCCGGCUUCCUGAUCUCCUUGUUUGCCCUGUACAUCAGUGCCAGGCCGAACACGCAGCGCAUGAACUUUGGCUGGUAUCGGGCCGAGGUAAUCGGGGCCAUGAUCUCCGUCUACUUCAUUUGGGUGAUAACAGGCAUUCUGGUCUGGCUGGCCAUACAACGCCUGUGGGUGGGUGAGCAUAAUGUGGAUCCCAAAAUAAUGCUGAUCACCUCCGCUGUGGCCAUUCUGUUCAACGUCAUCAUGGCAUUUCAGCUCCAUCACGGACACGGACACGGACACUUUGAGCCCGGCGAGGUUGUGCGUCAGACCCGCAUCCUGCACGAGGAGCUUCCCAAGAAGGAGCUGCAGCUGGUGGAGAGCUCGGUGUCGGUGGUGCACGUCCAACCGCCAAAGGAGAACAUCAAUGUGCGGGCGGCCAUGAUCCAUGUCAUCGGCGACAUGAUCCAGAGUGUGGGCGUCUUUGUGGCAGCCCUGAUCAUAUUCUUUCGCCCCGAAUGGUCGUUUGUGGACGCCAUCUGCACGUUCCUCUUCUCCAUCAUUGUUGUCCUGGUGACGAUCCGCAUUCUGAGGGACGUCCUGAUGGUCCUCAUGGAGGCCACACCCGACUACAUGGACUACGACGAGGUGCAGCGCGCAUUUCUCUCCAUCGAAGGGGUCGAGCAUGUGCACAACCUGCGUAUCUGGGCUCUGAGCAUCAACAAGGUGGCCCUGUCCGCCCAUCUGGCCAUCAAGAAGGACGCCGAUCCCCAGAGCAUCCUCGAAGAGGCCACUAAGAUGAUCCACAAGCGGUACCGGUUCUUUGAGACCACCAUCCAGAUCGAGGAGUACACGCCCGGCAUGGAGAACUGCGAGCAGUGCAUUAAGCCAGGCAUGCGGCUGUCCCGAGGGGAUAGCCGUACAAUCCAGGCCAUGGAGGAGGGGGCCCACGAGGAGGCUACGCAGAAGGCCGUUGGGCAGUCGUAAACAUCACUUUUGUACUAUAGAACAGAAUAAAACCAUAGAAAUAAGGCCUAUUUUAU